AUGUCAUUCGAUAUCUGGGGUCCUGUUACCCAGAAUGAAAUUGAUUCAUUCAUUAGUUUUCUAGGACAACCUUCUAGAAUACCCACAACUGCGCUGAAUAAUACAAUAGCGGAUGGGCACGCUGGUCAAGAUGUAGAAGCUUUAGGUUUAAUGUAUGAAGUUACCCAAAACCCUCAAAUAUUUGAUAUAAUGAUAACUUAUUCUGAUACUUUUUUGUCACUCCGAAAUAAUCCCAUCAACGGACGAAUUAUGUGGACAGGACAAAGAGAACUUGUCUGGUGCACAAAACCUGCUAAUGAAACUAUAUCUGGUUACGCCGGUUCCGAAGGUCUUGAUACAAUUGGGCAUAUAGCAUACACGGCUUACCAUAUUCUUGGAACUCGUUGCCUCUGGUUUAAAAAUGUUACGGAUAAUGAUCCUUAUAGAUAUGGUACAACAUAUAUAGAGCGUGCGUUGACAUACAUAACUGAAAUGGAUAAGACUAUUGAUACAUAUUAUUUAAAGUAUUUCAUUCGUGAAAAUGAUUCGAAAAUUUAUAAUCCAAACUCUUCUGCAUGGACGGCUCUUGGUGAAAUGCCUGCAAAUUCGCCAAUGCCUUGGAACCGACAGCAAAUGAUGACAAAUGGAUUUUUAAGAAUGGCAGAAUGCCAUGAAAUUCUUGGAGAUGAUGAAUUUCGUGUCAAUAAAUAUUUUAAUAUUAUACAGGUUUCUAUUGAUUGGAUGGUCAGUGAAUUUAUUCCAAUUAAGACUAAGAAUGGCCUAGACGCAUAUAAUUGGAGGUAUUCCGAUUCAACUACCGUUGCUGACCCUGCAGAAGCUGUUGGUAUUCAUGCACUUUAUGAUAUUUGGGGCAUGUAUCGGGCAUGGCAACGAAUAAAUAAAUUAAAUGUUAGCUUUGAUGUUAUGGUUAAACUUGCUAACACAAUGAUGUAUGUAAUAGAUCUUGGUAAUAAUACAGUUGCAACAAGAGUAGAUGGUACAUAUGAUAAUAAAACCGCACUCUUAUAUGGUCCUUGGGCAUUGUACGCUGAAUUUAUUCCUGACUUUUAUAUUCCUCUUAGUUUUCAUGCUUCGAGUCAAGGCGUUGCUAUUGAUUAUAGUACUAG